UGCCACUACCGUUGCCGCGCACUCGUGUGCUUGGACUGCUGCGGGCCCCGGGACCUGGACUGGGAACCCGCGCCGGAGCGCGACACCAACGUGGUGAGCGCGGGGUCUGGGGGGCGGGAUGUGGUGGGAGAGGUGCCCUAACAGCCGAGGGUCCGGCGGCAGGGACUGCACAGGGCGGGUACCCGCGGGGUCGGACCCCGCGCGCGGGCCGCAUUCCGGGGUCUCGCCGCCGAGCUGCGCCGGGCGGACCGCAGGCGCACCCGCCACCACUCCCCACGUCCGCCUUCCGGUCCCGCCCGAGGCGGCGCUGACGCACAUGCGCACACCGCCCGCGCCACGUUCCCCGUGGGAGGCGGAGCUGCGGCGAGCUGCCUGGGCGGUGAGGUCAUGCGAGGAGGUGACGUGUGCGUGUGUGCGCCGCCGCCCCGCCGCGUUGCUUCCCCCAAUGAGACGAGAGCGAGGUCCCGGCCGUCCGCGUUUCAGUCUUUAACGGUUGCGGGUGGUAACGCAAGCGCACUGCGAUCCACGCGGCCGCGCAGGCAGGCUCCCUAGGUGGAGGUUGGAGGCUAGCGACGCGCGGGACGGGGGCAGCGGGCGGGCGCGGCCAUGGGCGAGGCGGACACUCCCUCCUUCGAGAUGACCUGGAGCAGCACGACCAGCAGUGGCUACUGCAGCCAGGAGGACUCGGACUCGGAGCUCGAGCAGUACUUCACGGCGCGCACCUCGCUGGCGCGCAGGCCGCGCCGGGACCAGGAUGAACCCGUGACAUGGGAGACACCGAAUCUUUCUCAGGCUGAGAUUGAGCAGAAGAUAAAGGAGUACAAUGGCCAGAUCAACAGCAACCUCUUCAUGAGCCUGAACAAGGAUGGCUCCUACACCGGCUUCAUCAAGGUGCAACUGAAGCUGGCGCGCCCCGUCUCAGUGCCCUCCAGCAGGAAGCCCCCCUCCCUGCAGGAUGCCCGCCGGGGCCCAAGCCGGAGCACAGCCGUGAAGCGCCGCACCUCCUUUUACCUGCCCAAGGAUGCGGUCAAACACCUGCAUGUGCUGUCUCACACACGGGCCCGCGAGGUCAUUGAGGCCCUGCUCCGCAAGUUCAUGGUGGUGGAUGACCCCCGAAAGUUUGCUCUUUUUGAGAGAGCUGAGCGUCAUGGCCAAGUGUACUUGCGGAAGCUAUCAGAUGAGGAGCAGCCCCUGCAGCUUCGGCUACUUGCGGGUCCCAGCGAGAAGGCCUUGAGCUUCGUCCUGAAGGAAAACGACUCUGGGGAGGUGAAUUGGGACGCCUUCAGCAUGCCUGAGCUCCACAACUUCUUACGUAUACUACAGCGGGAGGAGGAGGAGCACCUGCGCCAGAUCCUCCAGAAGUACUCGUACUGCCGGCAGAAGAUCCAGGAGGCCCUGCAUGCCUGUCCCCUGGGGUGACCUGCCACCCCCCAGGCAGCAGGAGAGCAGGCAGCGCCCAGAGUGUGCUGUGUGAGUGCGGCAGGGCCCACGGCCCGAGGAGUGAGUGCGGUGGAGGCCCUCCCCGGCAGAAGGACAGGCCAGGGCAGCCGCGGAGGAGCUGGCCCCCAUGUCCAUCAGCAGGUGUGGCCAGCCAGGGCUGCCCAGCAUUGCGGCAGGGGUGGAGCUGACAGAUGUCUCCUCCAUGUAUGUCUCAGAGAUGAAUGUGGGGGACUCUGUGGGCAGAACAAGGUCAUGUUCGUUGGCCUGAGGGCCUUUCUCUGUGGGGACAGUUAUUAUGGAGUCUCACAAGAACCCCCCCCCCCCACCCAGGGAUGGGGGUUCAGAGUAAGGCAGAUAUCCAAGAAGAGCAGGGUUUCCCGCUGUGGUGCCCUCCGAUUGGUCCCCCAGCCUGAGGGCAGGGCAUACUGGCUGUAUGUUGCCACAGGGAGAUGCCCCACACCAGGGACUAGGGAUACGGGCACUGGGCCAGGACUGUACCUCGUGGGCCCGUCACAGGCAGGGUCUCUCCUUCAGGUGUUCUUGAUGAAGUGUGUGAAUGUAAGCACUGUGUUGUGGCCUCAGCUAAUGCCUCCUGUGGGGAACGGGGUGGGGGUGGCAGUCACCGUCAGGGCCUGGGGCCUGGGAGAAUUGGCUGAAUAAAGAUUUGAGAAUCUU